GUUGAAUAUGCUGCAAAAGCCGUUGAUAACAGCGGAACUGCAAUUGGUUUGCGUGUAAAAGAUGGCAUAGUAUUGGCAGUUGAGAAGCUUUUACAAUCAAAAUUGUUGGUACCGAUUUCGAAUCGUUUAAUUCAAACCGUCGAUACUCAUAUCGGGGUGGCAACGGCUGGUUUAUUAGCAGAUGGUCGUCAUAUCAUCAAUCGAGCUAGGGAUGAAGCAGAAAGUUUUCGAAAUAAUUACAGAAUUCAAAUUCCUGGCAAGACUAUUGCUGAUAGAGUAGGUCAAUACGUACAAGCCUAUACAUUAUAUUCUAGUGUUCGACCAUUUGGUAGCAGUGCUAUCAUAGGAGCUGUUGAUAACGAAGGGCCACAACUAUAUAUGAUCGAACCAUCUGGUGUAUACUGGGGUUAUUAUGGUUGUGCGAUCGGUAAGGGUAAACAAGUGGCAAAGACAGAAAUUGAGAAACUUAAUCUUUCCGAGUUAUGUGUUCGCGAUGCUGUAAAUGCAGCUGCCAAAAUCAUUUAUACCGUUCAUGACGAUUCGAAAGAUAAAGCAUUUGAAUUGGAAUUAAGUUGGAUCACAAAUGAGACUAAACGACAUGAAUUUGUACCUAGAGAGAUUGCAGAAGAAGCUGAAAGAUUGGCAAAGGACUCGCUUAAUGAAGAGAUGGAAGAUGAUUAG